AUGCAGGCUUACAAUAGGUUCAAGGACACCAAGAGAGGGGCCAAGACAAUCUACCAUGCCCGGUCUGGCUAUAAGGUCGGCUUGUCAUGAUUGCUGAUUUUUCAAUUUGUUUUAGCAAAUUCGUGUGUUUCCUGAAUGGACCUCAGCACACGCCAUUCCGUUGGUCGGCCGUUUUCAUCGUUUCUGCAGCAUUUUCUGGUUAGCCGUCUUCUUAGCUGGAUUGGGUGUUGUUGUCUACAUGCUUGUUGAAGCGAUUAAAUCUUAUAAAGAUUACAAGGUCUCUGUUCAACAGACUCUCAGCUUUACCAGCUAUCCGUUUCCGGCAAUUACAAUAUGCGAUUUAAACCCAUAUAAGAGAGAUAUUGCUUAUCAACGUCCAGAAGUAAGACGGCGCUGCAGGGAGACCCAUCAGAUAUUUUAGAUUAAAAAGUUAAUGGAUACCUAUUCUUAUGCAUUGCAAAAAUCGUUUUGUACGAAUACCACUUGUAACGUGCCUACCAACAAAACUUUGGAUGGCUAUAUGUCAGAUUAUCAGUUGACUGUAAGAAAGACCUUGAAUCCGUGUUCAAAUGCGCAACUUUGUUGUAGGGCCUAAAAAGUUCCACAGCCAUCAAUUCGAAGGUUCAAAAGUUGUUGCCGGUGAUUGCCGCUCAAUAUGACAUGAGUGCAGCCGCAGCUCAAUACGAUGACAUUUUGCAAGGUUGUAGUUUCAACUUGCAAGAUUGCCAAGAUGGGUAAGAAUCGUAGCAAAAACGGUAACUCGUACUUGUAGGGACUGGACCAAGUUCAACAGUCAGACAAUGGGGACCUGUUUUUCCUAUAAUAUGAAGGGAAACAAGAAUGUCACGCGUGUUGGUCCAAUCUACGGCCUUCGGGUCAUAGCCAAGACCAAUGUUUCGCAGCUGUUACCAACUUCAAGCAAAGGAGGCUUCAGAGUUUUGGUUCAUGACCAAGGAGAAUAUCCGUUCCCGGAUGUGUAUGGAUCUGAUGUGAUGAUAGAGAGCGCGGCGUCUUUGGGGGUGCACAACUUUUCUUUGUUUAUAUUUUCUUCUUGUUACUGUCCUAUGACCAUAUUUUAGGUUUCCUUUACUGAAAUCAGCCGGCUGGGAGGGCAUUAUGGUAGUUGCCAUGACGAUCUGCCCUCAGGUUAUUUGUACACUAAGAACUAUUCUACCGAGGGAUGUAUGAGAUCUGAGUAUCAAGCGGAAAUGGUCAAGAAUUGUGGAUGUUAUGAUCCAACUUAUCCGGCGCCAGCAAACGCAAGUUCCUCUAGUUCAGAUGCCACCACGGAUUUGCUGAAUUCUGUAGACGAUGACUCUUCCAAUUCCACCUCAACUGCUAGUUCCAAUGAGACAACAACGGCAGCCUCUAAGUCGUCUUCGCGAAUUCCGAUGUGCACAACGGAUAAUUGUAAGUUGAGGAUUUAUUGCCGUCUUUCGAAGAGGACUUUAUUUAAUUUUUAAAAAAUUGUAGUGGCUUGUUGGGACGAGCAGUUGAGUAAAACCAUCAACACAAACUGCAGUCAGCCCUGUCAUGAAGUUUCCUAUGACACUUCUGUUUCUUUUGCCCGCUGGCCUAGUGGAUCUUCUUCAACGGUUGGGAUUUGUAUGAGUGGGGACUACGGAAAUGAAACUUGUCUGGAGAUGUAUCAAGAGAAUGGGGCCUUAAUUCAAGUGUAUUUUGAGCAGCAAAGUUAUGAAACGAUGAAGGAGUUAGCUCAGUAUCCGGUAAGAUAUAAAAGACUAAAGAGUAACAUGACAAUCGCCUACUGUGACCCUUACAAAAAACAAAUAUAACGGCUUCGGCAUCCCGUUACAUUUAUGAAACGUUGUACCGUAUCUAAGCAGCCUUCCAGUCCCUCAAAAACAGAGUUCAUUCAUAAUUAAUAUUCCUGAUGUUGUCAACGUUCCCGUCUUCUCUUAGCAAGACACCUAACCUCUUUAUUUAAAGCGAAAUGAUGGGACCAUAUUCAUGGGCUCUCCCCUUCAAUGUUUACUUUUGAGUCAUCCGUUUUUCCGAGGGUUAUCAGAAUUUUUUCCUUUUUUCAGUUGUCGACCGUUUUCUCCAAUUUUGGUGGUCAAUUGGGGCUAUGGCUGGGCGGAUCACUAAUUAUGGUCGUUGAAUUUGUAUUACUUCUGGUUCAGGUGCGCUUUUUUUACUAUUAAAUGGAAUUUCGGUCGCUUCCGAAAGAUCGAAAUUUCUUAUCAUUAAUUUUCCUUGACGUCUUGCAAUUCGGACGGCUUUAACAAUAUUUUUUUGUAGCUUUAGCCCAAUAAUUUGGUUUUUCUUUGGCUGUUUAUUGACAUUCACGCAUUUGCUGGCGGUGUUUUAAAAUCCGCACGCGUUUUUUUUGUAAUUUGUAACGCCUUUUUUCUGAUUUCAGUGCACCUUGGCUCUCUGCAUUCCGUCCUCCGAUAAACUUCUUGGAUAUUAA